AUCUUUGGCUACAACAGCAACUCGGAACAUGGCGGACACCGCUGCUAAACGAGAAGCCGACAGUGUUGGAGGCGAUGAAUUAUCUCAUAAAGUCAAAAAGGUGAAAGCUGAUGAUGAGAAUGGUGGAGGAGACGUUAAAAAGGAAUCUGAAUAUGAAAAUAUUCUGUCUGGGUUUAAAACAUCCAAAGUGCUGAGUGAUUACGCCCGAGAGAAACUCAUGUUCAUCCAUGGAAAGCUUGCUGAUCAGGAGGCUGUGGUUAUCCUGGAGAAGACUCCCAUCAGAGAGGACACCCUGGAUGAGCUUUUCAGUGGUUCCAGGUUGAAGCUGGAGAUGAGGAACGACAUCUACAGCAAAUACCGCUUACAGGCUCCCUCUCACCUCAAUGAGAUAAAGACUACAGUGGUGUGUCCAGCCACAGAGAAGCAUAUAAAGAAAUACCAGAGUCAGGAGAGUUUUCUGGUGGAGGAGACGGGGGAGGACUUUCAGUCCAUCACUUUGCCCUACAUUCAGAAGCAGAGUUUAAGCUUGCAGUGGGUGUACAACAUCCUGGAGAAGAAGGCGGAGGCUGACAAGAUAGUUUAUGAAGAUCCGGACCCGGAGGUUGGCUUUGUCCUCCUCCCAGAUUUGAAAUGGGACCAGAAACAGGUUGAUGAUUUAUACCUGCUUGCCAUAGCGCAUCAGAGAGACAUCGGGAGUCUCAGAGACCUGACGUCAGAGCAGCUACCACUGCUACAGAACAUCCUUCAGAAAGGAAAGGAGGCCAUCCUGCAGCGCUACAACCUUCCAGGCAGCAAGCUGAGAGUCUACCUGCACUACCAGCCGUCCUACUACCACCUCCACGUCCACUUCACCAAACUGGGCUACGAUGCGCCGGGCUGCGGCGUGGAGCGGGCACACCUCCUCACAGACGUCAUCCAAAACCUCCAGUCAGACCCCCUGUACUACAAAACCCGGACCCUGUACUUCCCGCUGAGGGCGGACGACGAACUGCUCAGCAAGUUCAAGGAGGCAGGAAGGCUGUAGCGUGCUGUACGCUCAUAAUUCCCCUCAAACUGUGUUUUUUAGAGUGUCAGACCAAAUCCAAUGCUCUCUUUUAUGUGUUUUUUUUAUCAGUUCGGUUGACAACACCAACAGUGCUGGCCAGUAAGCUGUACCCUCCUAUCAACACCUGGAGUACAGAUCAAUUGCUUGGCUAUGAUUUUAUCUCUGUGAAAGAGAUUUUUAUAUCUUUCUACUGUUGAUUCCCAACUCAACUCUAUAAUGUUCCAGAAAAAUAAUUGUUUGAGUAUUUCACACUUCGGCUGAUUAAUAAUCACCAACACUGUCUGCAUAGUUGAUACGUGUUUUAAUACUGUGUGGAUACAUGUUUGAGUCUGACCUUUUCACAUUAUUCCUGCUUUCAUUACGAGAAAAGGAGAAAUGGAUGUGACAUCAUGAGUCAAACAAGUGGAAGUUGCUAUCAAUCUAUGUUUUAAUGUUUUCUAUAGGUUAACUGUAUCUGACUGAAUAAAAUUUGGCUUUUUUCUAC